AUGGGUUUCAUCAAGUCUGCCUCCAUCGCCAGCGUCCUCGUCGGCGCUGCCACCGCCUCUCCCUACUAUGCUCCCCCCUCCAACGAGACCGUCAAGUACACCACUGAGGUCGUCACUCACCUGACCACUUACUGCCCCGAGGCCACCACCCUCACCUACGGCGAGAAGACCUACACCAUCACUGAGGCCACCACCCUCACCAUCGAGGACUGCUCUUGCACCAUCACCAAGCCCGUUGCUACCGGCACUGGCUAUGCUCCUCCUCCCAAGCCCACUCACGCCAAGGACUGCGCUGAGAUGUGCUCUGACAAGUACGAUGACUGCCGUGUUGCCCCCAACGCCAACAUGGCUACCUGCGCUGCUGAGUACGCUGCCUGCUUGAACUACAACCCCUGGGAGAGCGGCAAGUUCGUCAAGCCUACCUCUUGCCACGCUGGUGGAAAGCCCACUGCUGUCUACACCACUGAGGUCGUCACCGCUGUCACCACCUACUGCCCUGAGGCUACCACCCUCACCUACGGCAACAAGACCAUCCCCGUCACUGCUCCCGGCACUGUCACCGUCCCUAACUGCCACUUCACCACCACCAAGCCCAUUGUUCCUACCGGCUACACUCCCCCCCAGCCUUCCACCCCCGCUGAGAACAAGGGCUGUGCUGAGAAGUGCUCCGACGCCUACAACAAGUGCCGCACUGCUCCUGACGCCAACAUGUCUUACUGCGCUGCUACCUACUCUGAGUGCCUUGGCUACUCUCCCUUCAACGGUGAGGGUUCUCUCGUCACCCCCACUGCCUGCUCUGUCGCUCCCGUUGCCACCAAGCCUGUUGCUACCGCUCCCGCCUACAACCCCCCUGCCGGUACCAAGCCCGCUGGUGCUCCUCCUGCUACUACUCCCACUCACGUCGUCACUGCUGGUGCCGCCCAGGUUGUCCCUGCCGGUAUCAUUGCCGUCGUUGGUGCUCUUGCCAUGCUCUAA